AUGGUGUUGAACAAGUUAAUAUCUUUCCAGCUAGAUUAUGCUCCACAAUAUACUAUUUCGAAGUACAUUUCGGCUAGGACCCGUCUGCAAUUAGUCCACAUCAAUCAUCAAUCUUCUCCUCUAGUUGAAGGCUAUUUUGCUGUCGCUACUGAGUGUCCAACGGACUCAGGUGUGCCUCAUACGUUGGAGCAUUUGCUAUUCAUGGGAUCAAAAAACCAUCCUUAUAAGGGAUUGCUUGAUAAUGCCGGGAAUUUAUGUAUGUCUUCUACUAAUGCUUGGACAGCAACCGAUCAAACGGUUUACACGCUGACAAGUGCGGGUUGGGAAGGAUUUAGGAAGCUAUUUCCAGUCUACUUGGAUCAUCUUUUGAAUCCUACACUGACCGAUGAAGCCUGUUUGACUGAAGUUUACCAUGUUGAUCCUAUAGAUUUAUCCGAUAAAGGUGUUGUAUUUAGCGAGAUGGAUGCGAUUGAAUCUCAAAGUUGGUUUAUUACUGCUCUUGAGAAACAAAGACUGCUAUUUCCGGAGGGUAGUGGCUAUAGGUCUGAAACAGGUGGGCUUACAAAGAAUUUGAGGCAACUGAAGAGCGAUGAGAUCAGAAAUUUUCACAAAAACGUUUAUUCUACUGCUAAUUUAUGUCUUGUGAUCAGUGGUAACGUCCCAGAGGACGAUUUACUGAACAUUGUUCAAGAAUGGGAUGAUGGGUUGCCGAGUUUUGAACUUGCCACAAGAAGCAGGCCAUUCGUUGAUAGCAAACCCUCACAGAUUCCUAGCAAAUUGAAUAAAACAAUAGAAAGCAAAGUGGAAUUCCCAGAAUUGGAUGAGAGUCAAGGUGAGUUGCUGUUCGCAUGGAUUGGUGAUCCAUAUGAAUUGAACCAGGAAAAUUUGGCUGUAAAUUUAUUGCUGGAUUAUUUCACUGAAAGUGCGCUGGCACCUUUUUCUAAAGAGCUGGUUGAAAUUGAAGAUCCAUUUGCUAACUACGUAGACUACUGGGCAGAUGACUUUUUGCGUACAAUAAUUAAUGUUGGGAUUCAUGGUGUUCCAACCGAAAAAUUAGAGGUAACAAAAGACAAAGUACUGGAAAUCCUCUCCAACCAUGAAAUUGAUUUGAAAAGAAUGCAUCAGGUCAUUGAUAAUGGCAAAUGGAGCUUCAUCAUGCGCUGUGAAAAAUCAGGUGGCGGAACACUAUCACAGGCUGCCAUCACUGAUUUCAUAUACGGUAAUGAAGACGGAUCCUCGUUGAAGACGGUGCUAAAGGACUUGAAUGAUUUUGGCACGCUUAUGGCAUGGACUAAGGAUGAUUGGAAUCAACUGAGAAAUCGACUUUUUGUUACUAAUCAUCCGGCUAUAGUAGUUGGCUAUCCUAGUUCAGACCUGUACAGUCGCACCAAUUUCGAAAAGGAAAAUCUCGUCAAAGAAAGACAAAAAACAUACAAAGAAAAAGACAGGGCAGACCUGCGUAGAGCUUUAGAUCGUGCCACUGCACUAAAUGAUACCCCGAUCCCUGAGUCGAUCUUGGAACAGUUUUUGGUGAAUGAUCCCGUCAAGAGUGUAAAGUUCAUAGAAACAAAGGGUAUUACGGCGAUAGACAAUUUUGAGUGGAAUGAUGAAGACAAUGAUGUGUCAAAAAAUAUAAUUGCCCAUAAACCGGCUAAUUUCCCACUAUUUCUUCAUUUGGAACACUUUCCAUCGCAAUUUGUAGAAUUACAUUUCCUGCUGAACAGCAGAUGUAUUAAGGACGUAGCAUUGUUGCCCUAUUAUCAAAUUAUCCGUGAACUAUUUUCUUUACCGAUGGAGGAUGAAGACGGUAAUAUUCUACCUUUUGAAAAGGUAGUUUCGCAAUUGAACACAGAUGCUAUUGAGUAUAAUAUAGAAACGGGAUUGCAAGGAUCAGUACCAGACCUUAUCGAUUUUAGCAUACUGUGUAAGGCUGAAAAUUACAAGAAAGCAGCGGUAUGGAUCAAACACUGUCUUUUCGAUAUGAAGUUCGAUGAGAAUCGUGUAAAAGUUUUGUUAGAAAACUACCUAGAUUCCUUAGUAGAGAAAAAGAGAGAGGGUGAAAGUAUGUUGGAGUCUCUUACUUGCAAUAAUCUAUACACCGAAAGAACUGUUAAGAAAUCCACUGAUACCUUAUUUGUUGAAGAAAUACUAGAGGAGGUUUUGGAGAACAUUGAAAAUGGCGAAUACGAGAAGAAAGUGUUACCGAGGUUAGAGACUAUCAGAUCUCAAUUGAGAACUAAUUUCUCCAAAUUUCAUAUUGUCAUAUUGGGUGAUGGUUCUAAAUUGGGGCCAGAUAUUUACUCUCCAUGGAAUAUUCUUAUUGAAAGGCUACAAGAUGUCCCAUCAAAAUAUGAAGUCAAAGUACCACCUGUUCCGAGAAUCUUGAGUGCCACAUCAUGUCUUUGCAAAAAUCCUAAAGAAAGGGCAUACGUUAUCACUACACCCGCGUCCGAAUCUUCCUACAUGAAUAUCUUCACCUCAAUCCCGUUAAACGUGGACUAUAAAAACCCAGAGUAUGCCGCUGUUUCCGUCGCCUGUGAGUAUUUACAAUCAGUUGAAGGCCCAUUUUGGAGAGGAAUUCGUGGUUCUGGAUUGGCCUAUGGCGCAAGCAUGGUCCGACUAGCAGAGGCUAACUGCUGGGGAUUCAAUGUAUAUAGGGGUGCGGACAUUGUCAAGUGUUAUCAAGUUGCAAAAGAAAUUGUUGAACAACAUGCGUCAGGUGAACUCGAGAUCGAUGAAAAGUCAUUGAAAGGCGCGGUAAGUAUGAUAAUCAACAGAAUAGCUACGUUCGAACACAGCUAUGCAGAAGCUGCAAUUGCGAGCUAUCGGGAUAAUUUCCUCUUGAGUAGAGGCCCCGAUUUCAAUAAGCAACACAUCGAAAGACUGGCCAAGGUGACGGUUGAUGAUGUUAGAGCAAUACUGAAUAAAUAUUUGGUAAACUUAUUCAAUUGUGAGAAAAGUGCGAUCUUUGUUAGCUGUCAUCCAUCGAAGCUGGACACCAUACAGAACUUCUUCGAAUCGGAAGGGUUUACAGUAGAAGUGGAAGAGCUUCAAUCAGACCUCGAGGAUGACGAAGAAAAUGAGAUCGAAGAGGAAAGCGAAAAGGAAAAUGAGAAGAAAAAUGUAGAGGUUGAGACGAAAUAG